AUGCCCCUGGAAACUGACAGAAGUGAAGAAGCCAACCUCGUCCGAAUAAAAUUUUAUAGAAACAAGAUCUUGGCUCAUGCUCCCAGCACUGAAGUAAGCGACAGUCAAUUUGACGAUUUAUGGCCAAAAAUUUCCCAGACGUUGCAAGACCUUGGAAUUCCGCAGGCCGAAAAUGACGAGUUAAAAACAUGCCACUUAAGCCCUGAAGAAGAAAACUAUAUUAAAAUUUUGGAAGAUUGGAAAUCAAAAGAUGAUGCGUUACAUGAAACAUUAGAUGAAAUGAACGUUUCAGUAACAAAAAUACUCAAGACAACUGAAGAAAUCAAAGAGUCCAUACCCGAGUCAAUAGCUAAUCAAGGUAAAGAAAUUAAAGAAUCGAUAGCUAACAAAGUUGAGGAAUCGUUCCGAAAAAUACUGUCUAAAUUGCCUAGCCAAGCAGAUGCUGAUGAAAAUCUACUAACCGAAAAGCUUUGUAAAUUUACGUUUCCCGGUGAUAUUAAGAAAUUAAUAGAAUCAUUUCAUCCAGGUACAAGGAAGUGGUUAUUUACGAAAGUUGACAAUUGGUUUACAGAACAAGAGUCAAAAGUGUUUGUAUUGACGGCUGGACCCGGUGUUGGGAAAAGUGUAUUGGCCGCAAAAAUGAUCGAAUUAUAUAAAGAAAAGGAAUCCUUGGCAGCUUGCCACUUCUGCAAGUUUAAUGACUCCAAUCGUAGUAAUCCGGAAAAAAUGAUACAGUCGUUGGCAAGUCAGAUGUGUGAUUCUGUCAAAGGAUUUAAGGAAAAACUAAUCCGAACUCCUCCAAACAAUUUAUCAAACUUGCUUUAA